AUGGCUAUGGCUACGCGUGCGAUUCGAUACCAGUUACCGUUUCCGAGAUCGACGGUUCCCAGAUGCGAAUCUUCGGAACCGACUAAGCAGAUCCAGAUCCAGCAGCGACCGAGAGGCGGCGAUUUGGCCGAGAACGGUAAGAUCGUGCUCCAGCCGAGGCUUUGCACGCUGAGAUCUUAUGGAUCGGAGAUGGUCGUCGCUAGAAAAGACGGCGGAGAUGGUGGAGGAGGAGGAGGAGGAUCUGAGCCGGAGUUAGCGUCGCCGUUUUUCGAAACGCUCACUGAUUACAUUGAGAGCUCGAAGAAAAGUCAGGACUUUGAAACCAUCUCCGGUCGACUCGCUAUGAUUGUGUUCGCGGCGACGGUGGCGGAGGAGGUUGUUACGGGGAACUCGUUGUUCAAGAAACUAGACGUUGAAGGAUUGAGCGAAGCCAUUGGAGCAGGUCUUGGAGCGAUGGGAUUCGCCGCCGUAUUCGCCUGGUUAACGAUAUCUCGGAACCGAGUCGGAAAGAUCUUCACAGUGAGUUGCAACUCGUUCAUUGACUCGUUGGUUGACCAGAUCGUCGAUGGGUUGUUCUACGACACCGAGCCUAGUGAUUGGUCCGACGAAAUUUAA